AUGGCAGUUCCUGCAUGUGCUAAUAUUCAUUGGGAUGGUAAUAUUAUAAAUAGUUGUAAUGGUUACGAUUAUGAUGGAGGUUUUUCAAAGAUUAUUCCAAUGGGUAAACAGAUAAGUUUUAAUCAACUGGUCGGUAAAAUUGCUCGUGCAAUUGGAAUAUCCGGGAAUAAUGAAUUUAUAGAGACAAUUAGUUUUAGAAAGCCUACAAUUGUGGAUGGAUCCUUGAAAUUUGAAUGUAUGGAGAUAUGGGGUGAAGAUGAUGUAUGUAAGGAUGCUGAUAUUGGUUCAUCUGGAACUACUGUGGAAUCAAAUGAUGAACCAUGCGAAGAGCAAAAUGUAGUUGAUGAUUAUGGUUUAUCUAAUAGUCUUGCAGGGCCAUCAAUUAAUUUAUCUGAUACAGUAGAGAAUGAGAACGAGGAUGAGGAUGAAGAUGAGGACGAGGAUGACGAUGACGAUGAUUCAUGGAUGUCUACUGAGGAUGAUGAUGAUGAUAAUGGUCAGAAGGAUAGUGGGAGUGAGUCUCAAUAUUACAACACACAAUUUCCUAAUCCUAUUAUGCCUGUUGUUCAUCCUCCCCCAUACGCAGAAAUAGACUUCGAUUUGCUGAGGGUGGAUCCUUAUGAUAGGCCAGAAGGUCGUUCCUUUUGGGAUCCUUCUAAAGAGUUUUCAGUUGGGAUGAUAUUUUCUUCGAGAGAUGCAGUGGCUGCGGCUGCAAAAGAAUAUCAUCUAAGACAUCAUCAUCAAUUUUGUUAUCAUGAAACAAGAGAGAAGACUUAUUCUAUAAAGUGUAAAGACAAAGACAGUGGGUGUGCAUGGAGGCUUCGAGCAUCCAAGAAAGAAGGAGAGGAUAUAUGGAAGAUUACGAGAUACAGUGGACUACACACAUGUACGAAUCCUCAGUUGACAAAAAACCAUAGCCAAUUGGAUGAAAAUUUCAUUUGUUCAUUCAUCUUUGCAUUAAUUGAACAACAGGCUGAUAUAAAAAUUGCUGCCCUACAAGCUGAAGUGCAGGAUAAAUUUGAGUGCGAGCCGUCUUAUCAGAAAACAAGGAAAGCUAAGCAGAAGGCAAUUGCAAGGCUUUAUGGGGGUAGGGAUGAAUCAUACAGUCAUCGCCAUGCUGGAAUUCUGAAGGCGAUGCAGAAAGAUUGGUGGCAACAUCCAGCUGGUCAUCAUCGUUACUACAUCAGACAUGUUUUGAGUAAUUAUAAUAAGACAUUAAAAAAUAUAGCAAUAAAGGAAGCGUUGGACAAGGCAACGAAUGAAAAUCAGAAAAGAAAGUUUUACGAGGCAAUAAACAAUAUUCAGGAGGUGCACCAUGAAUCAUACGAUUAG